AUGUCUGCAAUACCCGGAUACGCGGAAAUACUACCAAACGUUAUCGUACCAUUUGAGUGGUUAGAAGGGGACUUAGGAGAAGCGCGGAUGGCGAUCAUUACCGCCAUAGAUGUGUACUCCCACCUGAAUGGUGGUAGAUGGGCGGUGACAGAGAUCAGCGAGCCAGCGGUGAUCGACGACGAGCCAGCGGUCGCCUCCAUCCUCGCCGGGGCCCCUUCGCCAGCGGCGAUCUACGGCGGGCCAGCGGCCGCCGCCUCCAUCCUCGCCGGGGCCCCUUCGCCAGCGGCGCCUCCAUCCUCGCCGGGGCCCCUUCGCCAGCGGCGAUCUACGGUGGGCCAGCGGCUGCCGCCUCCAUCCUCGCCGGUGGCCCCUUGGUUAGCGGCGAUCUACAGCAGGCUAGCGGCCGCCGCCUCCAUCCUCCCCGGGGCCCCUUCGCCAGCGGCGAUCUACAGCAGGCUAGCGGCCGCCGUCUCCAUCCUCGCCGGGGCCCCUUCACCAGCGGUGAUCUACGGCAGGAGAGCGGCCGCCUGCCUCCAUCCUCACCGUGAUCCUUCGGCCGCCUCCAAUCUUGUCGCCGCCCUUCGGACCCUUCGCCAGCGCGCGCCUCCAUCCUCACCGUUCACCAUCACCAUUUUUAAAAUUNUUUCUUGGACGGUUGCAAACCGAUAA